AAAAACACUAGUGCUGAAGACGGUGUUGCAGAUGAGGAUAGAUGUAUGGAACCACUCGAUCCAGGGCCUUGCCAUUAUUUUCAGUUAAAGUGGUACUGGGAUGAGACCGACCAACAGUGCAAGCAGUUUCACUAUGGUGGGUGUUUGGGCAGUCGAAAUCGCUUCAACAGCAAGAUGCAGUGUAUGAAACAGUGCGUAUAUAAGAUGCAUAACCCUGUUGCUAUACCUGAGCUAUGCUUGUUGGAUCUAGACCCAGGACACUGCAACGAUGAUCGGAAAGGUCAGUGGUGGUAUUAUUUUAAUGCAGCAGAGGGCGAGUGCCAAAAAUUUUUUUAUUAUGGAUGCGGCGGCAAUGACAACCGCUUCUAUAGUGUUUACCAGUGUCGGAAGGUGUGUGGCGAACGCCUGGCGCCCAAUAUUGUAUGUGAUCGCUGCGAUAUCCGUACAUCAACGUGCAGGGCCCACUCGAAGUACAAUUAUACAUGUGAAUGCAGGGAUGGCUAUGCUAAAAAUGCGCAUGGCGAAUGCGUCGAUGUGGACGAAUGCCGCAGCGGAAGUGCUUUGUGUGAUCGAAAUGCGUGGUGUGUAAAUACAAUUGGUUCAUAUGCUUGCAAAUGUAUGGUUGGUUAUAGCGGCGAUGGACAAAAGUGCACUUACGUGGGAAUUGGUUAG